AUGGCUUCCCAAAGAAGAAUACUCAUGCUUAUUCUCUUCACAUUGUUCUGCACCAUAAAGUCUUCACAGGCAAGCAAUGGUGGCAUCGCCAUCUACUGGGGGCAAAACAAUGGCGAUGGCACCUUGACUUCUACAUGUGACACUGGAAACUAUGAGAUUGUGCUCCUAGCUUUCCUCAACGACUUUGGUUGUGGAAGACCACCAUCAUGGAACUUCGCAGGCCACUGUGGAGAGUGGAGCCCUUGCACCAAACUCCAACCCGAAAUAGAACACUGCCAGCAGAAAGGUAUCAAAGUGUUGCUUUCCCUGGGAGGAGCCGUCGGAAGCUACUCCCUAUGCUCAUCCCAGGACGGAAAAGACGUUGCCCAUUACCUCUUUCGAAACUUCCUCAGUGGCCAAUUUGGCCCACUAGGAAGUGUAACAUUGAACGGCAUCGAUCUUGACAUUGAAGGUGGUUCCAACUUGUAUUGGGAGGACCUUGUCAAGGAACUGGACGUUCUCCGACAUCAAAACCAGUACUUUUACUUGUCCGCAGCACCACAGUGUUUCAUGCCAGAUCACUACCUCGACAAAGCUAUCAAAACUGGCAUUCUUGAUUAUGUGUUUGUUCAGUUUUACAAUAACCCUCCAUGUCAAUACUCACCUGGCAAUACUGCAUUACUUUUUAGUUCAUGGAACACUUGGACCUCCUACGUUCUUCCCAACAACACCGUCUUCUUGGGAUUACCAGCUGCACCUGACGCAGCCCCUAGUGGUGGCUAUAUACAACCAGAUGUGCUCAUUCAUGAGGUGCUUCCUUAUGUAAAGCAAGCUUCUAACUAUGGAGGAGUUAUGUUAUGGGACAGAUUCCGUGAUGUUCAAAAUCAUUACAGCGAUCAGAUCAAGGAUUAUGUUCCAAAGGAUGUGUUACGGUUUGUGACAGCAGUUUCUGAUGCAAUAUACGAAGGCGUAUCUGCAGCUUUCCACCACAUCUUACCAAACCAACCUUAUUAG